GUGCCCCCACACCCCAAUACCAGCGGGGUCGGUGCCCCCACACCCCAAUAGCAGUGGGGUCGGUGCCCCCACACCCCAAUAGCAGCAGGGUCGGUGCCCCCACACCCCAUCACCACCCGUCUCCCCCCCGCAGGGUGUGGGCAUGGCCGGGGCGCGGCCGCCGCGCUUCCUGCUGGUGUUCGACUUCGACGAGACCAUCGUGGACGAGAACAGCGAUGACUCGGUGGUGCGGGGCCGGGCGCUGCCGGAGUCGCUGCGGCAGAGCCCCCGCGGCGGCUCCUACAACGAGCACAUGCGGCGGGUGCUGGGCUGGCUGGGCGAGCAGGGCGUUCGCCCCGCCGACUUCCGAGCCGUCUACGAGAACAUCCCGCUGUCCCCGGGCAUGGCCGAGCUCUUCCAGUUCCUCUCCAAGCACCACGAGCUCUUCGAGCUGGUGCUGCUCUCCGACGCCAACACCUUCGGCAUCGAGGCCAAGCUGCGGGCGGCGGGAGCGCGCUCGCUCUUCCGAAAGAUCUUCAGCAACCCGGCCAGCAUCGACCGCCGCGGCUUCCUGACGCUGGGGCCGUACCACAGCCACCAGUGCCCGCAGUGCCCGGCCAACAUGUGCAAGAGGAAGAUUCUCAGCGAGUACCUGCAGGAGCGGGCGCGGGAGGACGCGGAGUUCCAGCGCGUUUUUUACGUGGGGGAUGGAGCCAAUGAUUUCUGUCCCGCGGGGAUUCUGACGGCGGCGGACGUGGCUUUUCCCAGGAAGGGAUAUCCCAUGCACAGGCUGAUCCAGGAGGCGCAGGAGAAGCAGCCCGGAGCGUUCCAGGCCGCCGUGGUGCCGUGGGAGUCGGCGACGGAGGUGGCGCGGUACCUGCAGGAGCUGCUCAGGAGGAAAUGCUGAGGGAUUUGGGGAUUUUGGGGUUUGGGGUUCGCAGCUCCCCGCUCAGCGCUGCCCGCUUGGCCUCGCUGCUGCGACGUUCUCCUGCCUUUCCCAGCGCUGCUCCCCGGUGAAUGAAGCACUUUCUGCAGGCGCCCGGUCCUGCUGAGCUGCGGGGCCAAAACCGGACCAAAACCGGACCCUGGAGCUAAACCGGACCCUGCAGCCAAAUCCGGACCCUGCAGCCAAAUCCGGACCCUGGAGCUAAACCGGACCCUGGAGCUAAACCGGACCCUGCAGCCAAAACCGGACCCUGGAGCUAAACCGGACCCUGCAGCCAAAUCCGGACCCUGGAGCCAAAAUCGGACCCUGUGGUCCUUCACCCUUCUCCCACACCGACGGGGAUUUUCUGGUGGAGUUGUUGCUUCCUUUCCCUUUUGACCUCGAGAAAGAAUUCUUAAAAAAUCGGAAGCUGUGGCUCCACCUGGGAUGGGCACGUCCUGGCUCCUGCCAUCCUCCCCCUGGCCUGCCUGGCCUGGGCUCCUUUCCCACUGGGAAUUCCGGCUGGGAAAUCCCUGAUCCCACUGGGAAUUCCGGCUGGGAAAUCCCUGAUC